UUUAGCGAGAGUUUAAAAGGUUAUUAUAUUGGAAAUAACGUUUUAACUCAUUCAGUUGUUUUAGUUGUUUGAUGACUUGUUUGUUUGACAUCAAGUUUAAACAAUUUGGGUAUCUCGGUGCAACGAUAACUGCACACACAUUUUUGGGGUCGUAACCUUUGGGUCGUUCUAUCGUAACCUCCAGAUGGGGUUACUCUUUUCUUUUUCUGGACCCACACGGUUGCGAGCUGACGAGCCGUCCCCCCCUGUUUCUUUCUUCCUAGCCAGCAUAACCCAGUGCGCGCGCCUCUCCUCCGAGCUAGUAAGUGUCACGUCCGUUCCGCUCUCUUCGCGGCUACAAGGCGUCAUCUCCCGCCAGCCGCACCUCUGCGUGCUCCCCUGUGUCUGUUCUUCACGUUGACAGCCCCCUCGCCCGCGCAGACGCAGGGGAAGACGCCCAAAAUCGCGUCUUUCUGAGCUUAACUAACCUGUGUACCCUGGUCUUCUGCUUCUGUAGCCUCUUUUUCCCAAGUUUUUCCCUUUCCAUCUACGGUAGAAGGAUGUCCCACCCUCGUGAGAGCGCGCUGGAGCUACGAGUCGGCAAGAAAUUCCGCCUGGGCCGCAAGAUCGGCAGCGGCUCCUUCGGUGACAUCUACUUGGGCACCAACAUGACGUCGGGCGAGGAGGUUGGCAUCAAGCUUGAAUCCGUUAAGAGCAAGCACCCACAGCUACUCUAUGAGUCCAAGAUCUACAAGAUCCUCAACGGCGGAUUGGGCGUCCCUAGCCUCCGAUGGUUCGGUGUUGAGGGCGAAUACAACGUCAUGGUGAUCGACCUACUAGGCCCUUCGCUCGAGGACUUGUUCAACUACUGUGGCCGCCGCUUCCAGCUUAAGACAGUGCUGAUGAUCGCCGACCAGCUGCUGUGCCGUCUCGAGUACUGCCACUCUAAGAACUUCAUCCACCGUGAUGUUAAGCCUGACAACUUCUUGAUCGGCCUGGGCAAACGUGCCCAGAUCGUGCACGUCAUCGAUUUCGGUCUGGCCAAGAAGUACCGCGACCCCAAGACGCACCAGCACAUUCCUUACCGUGAGAACAAGAAUCUCACGGGUACGGCUCGUUACGCCUCCAUCAACACCCACGUGGGCAUUGAGCAGAGUCGUCGUGAUGACCUGGAGUCGCUUGGCUAUGUGUACAUGUACUUCAUCCGCGGCAGUCUGCCGUGGCAGGGACUCAAGGCCAACACCAAGAAGCAGAAGUACGAGAAGAUUAUGGAGAAGAAGAUGAACACUCCCAUCGAGGUGCUCUGCAAGGGCUACCCGGCUGAGUUCCGUGCCUACUUCGAGUACUGCCGCGCGCUGCGCUUCGACGACAAGCCCGACUACGCCUACCUCAAGCGUCUGUUCAAGGAACUCUUCUUCCGCAAGGGCUUCCAGUUCGACGCCAUGUUUGACUGGACGGUGCUCAAUCUGCGCAGUGGCCGUCGGGAGCGUGGCACUAGCGGUGAGGGCGAGCGCAGUGCUCGUGCUGACCCGCGCCAGGAGGCUGCCCGUGAUGGUCGCCAGAUCGCGUCGCAGGGUCGUGUGUACGUUCGCGACGAGACAAAGGAGGGUGACGCGCAAUUGCAGGCCCAGCAGUCGUACCGCUCGGCUGGCUACCGUGACGACCGGCAAGUGGCUAUGGAUCAGGGCUACCCCGCCCCUCGUGUGGCUACUGGCGCCAGUCGCGACGCUCUCGGUGAGGCCAAGCCGAUGAGCCGACAGCGCUACUGAGCUAUGUAGCCUGUCCGAGGAGCACGUUGUGUUGUCGCUGUCAAGUUCUUGGCAGUGGCCGCGACAAUGCCGCUCCACGCCUGAUGUGUCUUUUGUGAGGUGAUAUUGGUCGCGAGAUCAAUAGCAUUUCUGCAGAAGACCGUGAAACGAAUGAGAAGUGAACAAAACGAAUGGAAACUGCUGAAGAACAUGACGAAGAGUGAUGAAGACGAUGAGCGGGCGACCGAGGAAGCACGAGCAUAAACCCAAAUAAAAAGAGAGAAAAAGACGAAGAAACCUGACGACCGCUCACGAGAAUGGAAGAUGAAGGAUCAGACGACAAUGUCGGACGACUCGAGGACUUUGUAGUUGUAGGAGAAGAGAAAGCAAGAGGAUGAAAUGGCUGCAGCCACGACGCGCCCAUUUUAUUCGCUUGAGGUGGAAGCAGGAUGUCGAGCCCUCCACGAUCGCGGCGAAGGUAGCUGCGGUUGAUCUUUGACGGGGCCGCGGUCGGGUGGCAUGCAUUGAGCUGGCGAGGUUUGGCCUAAACACGUGUGUGCUCAACGCAUCCCUUGGCACCUUUGGACUUUGUUUUUUUUUUCAUUUCAUUUGUGUCUGAUAAAUAAAUUUUACCACCAAAUAAUGCCCUCUUUGGAGAAUGGCAGGAGCUAACAGUUAGUUAUUCAAGCUU